UUGGCGCUGCCUAUUUAGAGGUUCAUUGUGUUUGAUUUAGUAAAGUGAAGGGGCUUCAUCGGCAUCUACUGGACCGUGGGCAUUUACCCUUCGCCAUGACAGAAACAAUUAAAGAUCAUGUUCUGGCCGGUGAGCGGGAACUUGAAAAGAUACAGAUGGAAGACACCGAGCGAGGAGGGCGAGUGUCAGUGUGCAUAGGAUGCGGCGGAGUCAUCAACGACCAGUACAUCCUGCGCGUGGCACCGGACAUGGAGUGGCACGCUGCCUGCCUCAAGUGCGUCGACUGCCACCAGUUCCUCGACGAAUAUUGCACGUGUUUUGUGCGCGACGGCAAGACCUACUGCAAGAGAGAUUAUGUCAGAUUAUUCGGCGCAAAAUGUGAUAAAUGUGGCAGAAUGUUCGAGAAGACCGACCUGGUGAUGCGAGCACGGACGAAAAUCUACCACUUGGAUUGCUUUAGAUGCUCCGCCUGCGGGAAACAGCUCCUCCCCGGGGAUGAGUUCGCCCUCAGAGAAGACGGCCUCUACUGCCGCUACGACUUCGACGUGUUCGAGAAGAAGGCCAACGCGGAGGCGAAGGCAAACCACUACGGAAAGAGAGGCGGGAAGGGAAGACGACAAGAGUUCGCACCGUCCUCAAUGAAAAGCAAUUGCAUACUCUCAGAACCUGCUACGCUGCCAACUGCCGCCCGGACGCCCUCAUGAAGGAGCAGCUGGUGGAGAUGACGGGCCUCUCGCCAAGAGUGAUCCGCGUUUGGUUCCAGAACAAGCGGUGCAAGGACAAGAAGAGGUCCUUGUUGAUGAAGCAGAUGCAACAAGAAAAGGUAUGGGAGGAAAAACAGAUGGCUCUGCAGGGCAUCACGGGCGUGCCAAUGGUAGCCUCCUCGCCCAUCCGACACGACGGCGCGCCCAUGGGUGUGGGUAUGGGCGGCCCCCUCGACGUGACCGCCUACCAGCCGCCCUGGAAGUCCCUGACCGAGUUCGCCCUCACACAUGACCUCGACCGCUUGGACCCUUCCACGCCGCAGUACCAACAGCUAGUGCAGCAGAUGCACGGGUACGGCGCCGAGAUGUGCGCCGCGGCCGAACUCCUGGGGUCGCAGCCUCCGUCGCAGUCGCACCCACAGCCGCAGCCGCACCCCCCGCCGCACCCACACGGAGACUCGAAGUACGACCCCGGUCCCUUCGACGACUCGGUGCACAGUGACUCGUAUGUGUCGUAUCUCGAAUCCGACGACUCUAUGACGGCGCCGCUGAGCACGACGACCAGCCCCUGAUGGUCGGGCCCGAGGGUAGUCGUCACAGCGUAGAUGAGUCGAUGUUUUAGUCGUCUUGAGUCGUACAUCACGGCCGGCCGAGUACCGAAGUCUCAGUACCUCAGUUUCAUUCUUCUCUCGUUAACCUUUGCCAUCUCUCUCUGUCUUUCCUUCUCCCUUCUUCACCCCCACCAAUCCUAGUCGUUUUUAGGCCGCUGGCCGACUUCAAGGCGGUGCCAGCCGGGUCGUGGUGUCUGGCGGCGCUGGCGGAGGUCAUCCCGACUGACCGACAUGAUCUUACCCGAAGGCAAACACACAACACAUUAUCAGCAUAAGUGGUGACCUGACAUGACCUCCUGGCGAGACCUAGUCUGAUCGGGCGAGAUCGGCCGAGUCUUAGCGAGACCCGGCGAGACCGAGCGAGAUUUGGCGAGACGUCGUUCCCAAGACCCCCCGGACCUGCUUCAGUGGCCGCGCCUGACCUCUGGAAGGGGGCGCUGAUGACAGAAAAAGGAGGAGCGGGAAAAUAGAUAAAUAAAUAGCGUGCUGGCGAAAAGAAAGGAGAAAACAUGUCAUUUCCUCGCACAAAAUAGGACUAGACACGGAGAAAGACCCUGGUCUCUGGAAAAAAAAGUCAGGUCUUUUGGGGAACGUGAAAGUGGAAGUUCGUGCAUAAAAAGGUCUAGACCGGAUGCUAGAAAAAAAAGAGAAGAAAAGGGAAAAUAAAUUCCUGUGUGGUUUCGAGAGGUUUGUUUAGAUCCAAAACUGGAAACGAUACUAAAGAAAAGAAGUCUGAGAAAUUGGUCUGGAAAUGGUCUGAAUAAUUUGAAAAAAAAAAAAAGAGAAGUUAACAUUACGAUAUAUGUGUUCAGCUCACUGGCGACUAAACAAAGCGAAAUAUAGUGUGCUUUAGUGUACUGGAUACAUUUCACUGUCGUCUUAUGAACGAAAAAAUCAGUGAUUUCGAAUGAGAAAAGAAAA